CUUCGCAUUCCAAUCGUUUCUCCAAACUUUUUUCAAUCACUUCAUCCGCCUUUUCAUCUCGGUCGUUUUCUGAAGAAAAUAACCCGAAAAGUCAGACUGUAAGUUGUUCAUCAGCAUCAGAAUAUGGCUUCGUCUGAUGUGGCUCGGCAGGGGCAAGAAAGAAACGCUCGCCCUUUGUCUUUGUCCGGUCAUGUUGGCUUCGACAGCUUACCGGACCAGCUGGUCAAUAAAUCCACCAGUCAAGGCUUCUGCUUCAACAUCCUGUGCAUAGGUGAAACGGGUAUAGGAAAGUCCACUUUAAUGGACACGCUGUUCAACACCAACUUUGAGAACUUCGAAUCAUCUCAUUUUGAGCCACGUGUGAAACUUCGUGCUCAGACUUAUGACCUGCAGGAGAGCAAUGUGCGACUCAAACUCACCAUCGUCAACACAGUGGGUUUCGGUGACCAGAUGAACAAGCAGGAGAGCUACCAGCAUGUGGUGGAUUACAUCGACACACAGUUUGAGUCCUACCUGCAAGAGGAGCUGAAGAUCAAGCGCUCACUGCAUAACUAUCACGACUCACGCAUCCAUGCUUGCCUGUACUUCAUCGCCCCCUCUGGCCACUCCUUGAAAUCCCUUGACCUCGUUACCAUGAAGAAGCUGGACAGCAAGGUGAACAUAAUUCCAGUCAUCGCCAAGGCCGACACCAUCUCCAAGAGUGAAUUGCACAAGUUUAAGAUUAAGAUCAUGAGUGAGCUGGUCAGCAACGGAGUACAGAUUUAUCAGUUCCCCACUGAUGACGAGACUGUCUCCAAGAUCAACACUGCCAUGAAUGGCCACCUGCCGUUUGCAGUGGUGGGUAGUACAGAGGAGGUAAAGAUUGGCAAUAAGAUGGUGAAGGCACGACAGUAUCCUUGGGGAGUGGUGCAAGUGGAGAACGAGAACCACUGUGACUUCGUUAAGCUGCGGGAGAUGCUGAUCUGUGUGAACAUGGAGGAUCUGCGAGAGCAAACGCACACACGCCACUACGAGUUGUACAGGCGCUGCAAACUGGAGGAAAUGGGCUUUAAGGACACCGACCCCGAGAGCAAGCCUGUCAGCCUGCAGGAGACGUAUGAGGCAAAGCGUCAGGAGUUUCUGCUGGAGCUACAGCGGAGAGAGGAGGAGAUGAGGCAGAUCUUUGUGCAGCGUGUCAAAGAGAAAGAGGCUGAGCUGAAGGAGGCAGAGAGAGAGCUGCAGGGCAAGUUUGAGCAGCUGAAACGUUUGCACGCAGAAGAGAAGAGUAAGCUGGAUGAGAAGAGAAAGACUCUGGACGAUGAGAUGAAUUCCUUCGGUAAGAAGAAAGCUGCUGCUGAGCUCCUGCAAGGCCAGUCCUUUAGCUCCAACUCCAACAUCAAGAAGGACAAGGACCGUAAAAACUCAGGGUUCAUGUGAGAAGAUGGAGACCGGAUGGAUUCCGGUUGCAAAGACCAAUAAAGUCAGAACAGAUGCUUUCACCCAUCCUGCAAAUACUAUUAUCCGGCUUGUUUGUAUCUCUUUGUUUUUAUUAUACAAGUAUAUCAGCAGGGCUGCUGUUUUUGUAUCGUUUGUAUAACAAGUCUGUUUUAUAUUUACUUCACUAAGUGUUUUACAUUAGUUUGGGUAAUGCCACUAGGGGGUGACAAACCCUAUUGGUUUUCUAUGACUAUCUGAAAAGUCAUUGGGGUCAAAGUGCCUUUGAAAGUGCCUUACUGAUGGAUUAUCAGCUAAUAUGGUGCCUUUACAGCAGUGUUAUUUUGUGUUAAGGCAGCAUAAACACUAAACUGUUCUGGACAGUGGGUUGCUAGGACUGUGACCUGCUGUUUUAGAGUAACAUUGUAUUUUUUGGGAGAUAAACUAAUGAGAUCAGACUAGCAGAACUACAGUGUCUAUACCUUGCUAUAGAACAAUAUUUUGAUAGAAUUCAAACUGCUAUAGGUCCGAUUAUAUUUUUAUGUUUCAUGACCUUUUGUGCUAAAUUUCUCACUCAUAUUUUGUUGUAAUGUAGUACUGGUAGCUGACUUUCUGUAUGUUGUUAAUGUUGUUCGGGCCUCAUAUCUGAAGAGAUGCAUCAAGCCUCAUUUAUAACUCUAUCAGGGGUCCAUAUUUAUCUAGUGUCUAAGACAACUGGCUGUAAAAGGGAGCAACUGGCGCUUGAUCAUGACAUCUGGAGAGUUUGGUAAAUAUGAUGUAGGUGCCCAGUAUACUAGUUAAGAGUGCUGAUAUUAGUUCCUGUGGUCUCCUGCUAAAGUUUGAAUGACUAAUCCUGAGUACAUGUCAGCGAGACAUUUGGUCCAAAAGCUUUCUCCACACACGGCGACAGCUGAUGAGGGAAGGACACAGUGUGACUUGGAUUUCUGGACCAAAAUGUUACUACAGCCAUAUUUCCACUGUUGCCCCUUUUAGUAAGCACACUAAAAACAUUUACCAAGGACUUUUCCAAAAAGGUAUUUUGUAUUUGAACUGUAUUUAUCUAAGCUGUGUAGGGGGUAUAAAUGUAUGUAAAAGCAUGAAUAAAGGUCGAAUGGAAA